UUUUUAAUAUUUCCUUAUAUUAUAUAAUGUUCCUUCAUAUAUAUACAUACAUUUUACGAUUAAUAACAAACUGUAUCUGACAGUUUUCUACACUGAGGACAUAUAAUAAAAUAAUAGUAUAUCGAUAAGGAAACGAUAAAAAUAAGUUUGAUGCACGUGUCUACGCAUAUAAUUUCGUUACUUUGUUCUCACUCAUGUAUUUAUUUUUAUGUAAGUAUUAUCACAACAAAUUGAAAUUUAUUGUUAGUCGAACAGAAUUCGAAUAUACGCUUCGAAGCUUGUGGUAGGCCGCUCAAUAUUUGUUUUUGUCAUUGGAAAAUUAUUCGGUAAACUUUGUCGGGUGCGUAUGAACGAUUAUAAAUAUCCUAUCGUGUUCCAUACGAUAUUAUAUUAGUUUCGUCAAUUUGCUUGGUUUACUUUGGAAAUUGAAUGGAAGUACGAAAGAAGUUCCUGUAUAAUGGAUAUAUUCGAAUAUGUAAAAAGUAGAAAGAAUGAAAGUAGAUUUGAAAGAAUAUAAGAAUGAUUAUUAAAAAAGAUCACAUACGAUGAGGAUGAACUUUAUACAUAUGAAAAUAUGAAAUGUUUAAAAAAGAAUAAGAUCAUCAUAAUAAGUUAAAAAUAUAACGAAAUUCAAAAAAUCUGAUUCUCAAAACAUCGAUGAUGCGCCGAUAGAGAAGAAAAGACCUUUUAUGUUAUGUAAAGAUGCAGGCGCCACCACUGCAAGGCAAGGUUUCGGAGGGUGGCAAUACUAAUAGGUGGUGGUAGUGGUGGAGGGUGCUGCCGGUGGAAAGCGGGAAAGCUCCGAGUAUUCGUGACCAGCUACGGUUCAUUCCGGCCUUGCUAGUUGUGUGAGCGACAUCAUAACGUGUAGCUCCAAGAGAAAAACGUAUUUAAUGCGUGAUAUCGAGAGAAGAUGUAUUAGAAGCGAAGCUAUCGCGGUCGUGUAUCCAUCAUGAGAGUUCGAAAAGCGUUCGUUCGUAUAAAUUACACGUGUAUCAAUACGAUCAAUCAAAAAAGAAUAUCUUCGUCAUUAGAGAACGAUGAUGCUCGUGGUGCCCGGAUAUCGGUCGCAGAGGUUCCUUCGUUCGGUGCCGGUCGUUGAUCUCUCUAAGGUACCUCGAACGAAUCUCGUUGUCUCAGACGCGCGCGCGCGAGCAUCGACCGAUCCUUUCUCCCUCUCUCUCUCUCUCUUUCUCUCUCUCUCUCCCUCCCCUUCUCUCUGUCUCUCUCUUUCUUUGUUUUUCCGGUGGAUCGUUCAAUGCGAUCGGUGAUGAUCUUAAUCGGAAGCUCUAUAAAAGCAACAAAAUAUCAUAAAAAAAAAGAUAUUAGCAGGAAAUCAUAAGAAAAAUUCUUACGAUUCAUAUAACUCUUUUAAAUAGUUAUUUUUUACUUAGAAAAGAAAAAAAAUGAUCGCAAAUCUCGUGAUAAUCAAAGAUAGAAAGAAAAUUACCCGUUAUUCACCUUUUGUUCUCUUCUUCGCAUUUUUCGCGUUCAUAGUCUGACGUCAAUAUCGAUAAAACGAUGCAAUGAUUAAAUAUACGAUGUAAUCUCACGUUUCUCCCCAUCGUUACGGGCUCCUCACGUUCCUCAUGCAAACGACAGUGACGGACGAAAGAAGAGGAGAAAGAAAGAGUACGAUGCGGCUUAAUGGUUCGUUAGUUAGAGAAAUAACGUAAAAGGUGGAUCUCGGAUGCAAAACGUCGAACACCUGAUAUUGCUGCGCGCCAUUCAAGAGUGCAAAUGACAAGGUUACCGUGACGGAAUGUGAACAGAAUAACACGACGUGAGCACGGUUUAAACAUUAAAUUAAAUCCAACCGUAACGGUGAAAGUGAGUUAACUAUGACGGAUAGUAGAAGAGAAAUGAAAAAUCGAACAAUGGAUGCGUCAUCUCGACGAAUUUCUAUCAUCGAAAUGCAUCGACCUUACGUGUUACAAUCAUCGCGUACAAUGACCCUUGUCGAUGUCGAGGAGAUCAGUGAUUCGAUGUUUCCUUGUACAAACUGAGUAAAGAUCAGAGAAUACCUAAAGAUACUCAGGCACGAACAAUGGCUUGAAAUCUUUUUUCUCUUUUCGAUGGAUCAAUGCGAUCUUUCGAUCGACGAGGAGGAAGUAGUAGAAGAAACGGAUCGCUUUCGGAUACGAAAAAGUUACUACUCAGCUAUAGUUGGGUUAUUGAAAACAGCAAAAGAAAAAGAAAAGAUACAGAAGCGAAGGUGAUUGACUAUUGGAAAGGUUAAAGAAGACAUAAGAAAAAAGAAAGAAAAAAGGAAAUGGAAUUGAACGGUACAAUGGAAGAGGAUUCUGCUAAUAUCACUGAUCUACCGGGUCAACUGCCGAAUAUUCUGAUUGACACCGGACAAAGUAAAGAGAAUGAGACUUACGAACGUGCGGAGAAUAACGAGAUCGAGCAUGUGCUUGUGUUGACGGCGAAGGCAACUGUGAUGGGCUUCAUUAUUCUUUGCGCUCUCUUCGGUAAUCUGCUUGUAAUCGUUUCCGUAAUGAGACACCGUAAGCUACGAGUUAUUACCAACUACUUCGUUGUCUCAUUGGCGUUGGCCGACAUGCUUGUCGCGAUUUUCGCGAUGACUUUCAACGCCUCAGUCGAAUUGUCUGGCAAGUGGCUCUUCGGUUAUUUUAUGUGUGAUGUCUGGAACUCCCUCGACGUCUUCUUCAGUACCGUGUCAAUCCUCCAUCUCUGCUGCAUCAGCGUAGAUCGUUAUUAUGCCAUCGUUCAACCACUUGACUAUCCUCUAAUCAUGACAAAUCUUCGACUCGGCGCGAUGCUCAGCGUUGUUUGGUGCUCGCCGACGGUGAUGAGCUUCCUUCCUAUUUUCGCCGGGUGGUACACAACCGAUAAACAUCUCGAGUACCGAAAAAAAUAUCCCGACGUGUGCGUGUUUCAAGUGAACCAAUUGUAUGCGGUGAUCAGCUCAAGUGUAAGCUUCUGGCUACCUGGGAUUAUCAUGAUCGCGAUGUAUUACAAGAUUUAUCGUGAGGCCGAUCGUCAAGAACGAAUGCUAUAUCGCAAAGUGGCGGCGGCUCUUUUAAAUAAACACAUGCGAUUUAAUGGUAUUUCUGCGGGUCUUACAUCAUUACCUACAAUAGACCAAUCGUCACAUGAUCUUCAACCGGAAGAGCCACCAAUCACCAGCAGCAGCAAGAUGAAACGAGAGAGAAAGGCAGCCAGAACACUCGGGAUCAUCAUGUCAGCGUUUUUAGCUUGCUGGCUUCCCUUCUUUCUCUGGUACAUCAUCACAUCUCUCUGCGAUACCUGCGAAUGCGAUGAUAUUGUAGUCGCUGUAGUCUUUUGGGUAGGCUACUUUAACAGCGCUUUGAAUCCAUUGAUUUAUGCAUACUUCAAUCGCGAUUUUCGAGCUGCAUUCAGAAAAACACUAGAGAGUUGCUGUGCAGCAAUAGGACCAGUACGAGAUCUAAGAAAAAGUCACAAAAAACAAGACUUGGUACAUAGCAACGCGUCAUCGGAGCUUCACGUUAACAAUCAGUUAAGGACCAGUGAAAUGACGAACGUGCAUAUCGAAGCAUGCAUUUAAAUCAAUCAUUGAGAAAUGAUAUCCUUGAAAAACGAAAAAUAACGUUCGAAAGAAACGUAUAAAUAUCAAAUACAAUAUAUAAAUUUAGAAAGCAUUUUCAUCAUCAGUAUUUGGUUCAGAAUCGAUCGAUCUUGAAAAUCUGUUUUUGUAUAUCAAAAAUAGCAUACGUUUGCUUACAGUAUCUUAUUAAUCGAGAUUUUUGUUAAUUGUCGUCUCUCUAAAAUUGUAAACGAGUAUUUACCAAAGAGAUAAUUAUCAAUUAUUCGAUAGCUGUUUGAUCUAUCCGUGGACAAUCAUCUCCAAGAAUGAAUGAAAUGAGUAAAAGAAUUCAUUGGAAAAAGUCUGCUAUUCUUUUCGCACCACACUGCUUAAAAGAAAUUUCUUUGAAGGUACCUCUACAUUUUGAAUGAAAAAUGAAAAAAAAGAAAUAUUAACUGAAAUUUUGCAGUCGAGUUAAAACAGAUAACAAGACAAUUUACACUAGGAGAAACGAUAUCAAAUAUCUUGGAUACUUACAUCUAAAUCAAAUUAUUUUGGUUAUCGAGUGAGAAAUACAAGUCUAAAUUCCAAACAUCUAUCCCGAUAGCUCUAUCCGGUUCGUAAAUAAGUUUUCUGUCGAGAUAGAUUAAUGACUCGAUUUCAAUAAUAUGUCAACAAUGAAAACGAUAAAAUCUGAAUGAGAACGAUUUUGCAAGAUCAUUUCUACCGACUAAAGAGACAUAGAUAUUUAUGAAUAUCAAAGCAUGACUAUAAUCAGAGAUAAACAUACAUAUUACAUCUAUGCCGUAUGCAGUAUAUACGGUAAGCAGCAUGGAAGAGGCCAUUAAAUCAACGCGAAAUGAAUCUGUCAAAGGACCGGCUGUCUCUUUCGAAAGAGGACACCUUCAUAUCGAUCGUAAGCUACCAUUUUCGUGCUCUUAUUCUCACGUAAAGUUCGGACUAAAUAAAAAACUUCUCAACACCCACAAAAACCUCUUAGACCUUUCGCGAAUGAGAAGAAGGUAAAGAAAAUUCGCAACAUUCGGUACGUUUUAGGCUGAAUAAUUGGAAACCCGAAUGACUUGAAAAUUAUUUAAGAACAAAGGAUUUCAACUUACCAAGGGCGUUAAUAGUAUAUGCAUACGUUAAGAGCCGUUAAUAGUAGGUAAAGAGUGAAAUGGUCUAUCGUCAAGCCAAUCUAAAGUAACUGUCUAAUUUUUACUGACACGAGGGGGCUCUCGAAGGAAAAUUAAAAAAAAAAGAUGGAGAAAUCGAUUAGGAGGAAAUGUGUUUUUCGACUGACCAAAAAUUGUAAGUAAUAUUAUUGAUUAUGAAUGUUAAAAGAUUUAAUUAGUAAAUAAAGGAAAAAAAUGUUCAUCUUAUAUCUAAUCAUUUAGCGAGAUUUCAAAGAGAAUGUUAGCGCGAACAGAAACAAUGGAGAAAUUUUAGUGACAUUAAAUAAAAUAUAAGAAAUGCGAAGUAUUUCUUUUGUACGUGAUAGAUCGAUCUUCUUACAAUCAAAGAAUAUAUCAUUUUGUAUAUAUAUAUAUAUACAUAUAUAUAUAUAUAUAUAUAUAUAUAUAUACAAUAUAUACAUAUAUAUAUAUAUAUUGCAUUCAAAUCUAUAACGCUCGAGAAAUAGACUUCCAUUUUGCACAAUCAACUUUUUCAUAUAAAUGUGUCUAUUUAUUGCGCGUAAAUGUCAUAUUUCUAAUUUGUGUCUUGGAUAAAAAAUAUAUAUAUAUAUAUGAAAUAAAAUGAAGAGAGACAUAAGAAAUCGUUUAUCAUUAUAGUCAAUCAAUCAUUCCGAUAUAAACAAAAAAGACAUGCCAAAAAUAUAUAAAAGAAAAAGUUCUUAUGUAUAUAUAAUAUAAUGUAUACAUAUGUGCAUAGCAAUAAGAUGAAUAGGUUGUUUAAUUUGAUUAUUAUCGAUUAUAAAGAUUUAUUGUAAAUUGUUAACUAUUACAUUGCGUAAUACCAUAAUAUUUCCUAUGGAAAGCUCGUCAGCAUUUUAACUAAAUACUUUAAAUAAGUAAUGUUUAUCAUACGUUAUGAAGAUUGUUUGGGAAUUUAUUUAACUACUUACUGAUCAUGAUCAAUAUUUAUAAAACGAAAUAUAGAAAUUCACAAAGAUCCGUAUAAAUAUUCGUAUAAGCAGAGAGUACAGAACAAUCAUUAAUAUAAGAUCAACAACGAGACGAUUUUUUUCUGAAUGCAUUGAACUAAUGAUUUUUCUUUAUGCAACUGGAACGUUUUUAGAAACUAUUAAAUCGUUUCACAACUCGUCAAAUUUGUAUAUCCUGUAUCUGAAGUUAGACGUAUAAGAGAUUAGCAAUAUAACUUAAUGUACAAGGUCAUAAAAUUGGUGUUUACAAAAAUGGAGUGGCACUAAAAAAAGACAAUUACAAUGAAUCACAAAUGUAUAGAAGUAAUAAAAGAAUUUAUCCGUAAAUCGAAAAAAAUUUAUAGGAUAUUUUAUUCUUGGAUAUAAGGAAAAAAUCGAUAUUAUUAUUAUUAUUAUUAUAAUAUGUUCAAGUGACAAUAGUUAAAAGAGAGCGAAUAUUUUUAUUUUCUAUUUCUCAUAGUAAAAAGCAUAUCGACCUAAAGAAAAAUUAUUCACACCAACAAUUAUUCAUCAACAACAUGUGCUUGCGUGGACGAGAUCUUAGCGUGUUAAUAACAUCAGAUCUCACGCAACGUAGAGACAUACAUCGCAUUUCACGAAAAAGAGAAUGCGAACCCAUUAUCUGGAAAUUUGUGGAUUUGCCCAUAUAGAAAACUAAUAAAAAUAUUUUAAAGAAAA